GGAGAACGGGCACUCGGCAGCGCACCAGCACCAGCCUGUGACUCACACUAGUGGAGGAGCGAUCGCGAGCAAGGACGAUCGAACCAAAAUGAGUUGUCUGCAUUCUGCUGCACGUUCCGCCGAACUUUGGCUCGUUCUGUGAGUGCUGCUCUGUGAUGUGUUCCGCGUUCCAAAAGUGCUGUGACCCUGGUCGUCCGCGACUGCUGAAGAAGCAGCUUUUAGCAUGAACAACCGAGGAUACUACGUGCCCUGCGCCCCUUUUUUGUACUUUGUUCCUGACAGUGGAGGGACGACGCAACCAGCACUGGCGGGCGCCUCAGCUGCCCUCGAAGUUCGCCCUGCCCAGCCCCCGUCGACCGGGGGCGCAGCUCCCACUGCCGCCCCCGUGCCGUCAACGCCACUCUCCGCAGCUCCGUUCCAAUACCUGAUUCAUGAGCAGGCAAAGUCGCUCGUCGCCCUGCAGGAGCUGCAGAACGAAGUGGGCGCCUUGCUCGAAUUCCGCGAGCUAGUGAUCGAAACAUUUCCCCACCUGCGAAGCAAAAUCUCGUCCGCCUCCUCGACCAUGGGCAGCGAAGUGAACUUGCCAGAGGCGAGCACCUCCUCGGCCCCAGCCACCCCUUCAACCACCGCCGUGGGCCCUGGCUGGGGACCGGGCGUGCGUGUUCGACGACGCAUCCCCAAAGAGCGCAACUCGCCCACCGCCGAAGACUCGUCGGCCGAGAUGACCAAGUUGCCGAAAGGACCCAAAAGCUCCGAGGGCGCCUCCUGCAGCACGGUCCAGGACUCUGGAUUCAGUACGGAGACGAAGGAGCAUCAUAGUAGUGGCGCCUCCGUGAAAGCCUCCAGCGGCGGCAGCGGAGGCGGCAACUCGGACGCUUCAAUGGACGAAUUGUGGAAUUUGCUCGACGUGAUCCAGCGCAAGGGUUCCCGUCUGCGCGACGAAGUGCAUGAUCUGCAGACCAAACUGCAGCACGAGGCUGUGAGGGGUGGCGGAGGCGAAGGCACCGCCGCUGCAGACUGGAGUCCUCCACCGGGGGUGCGCAGCUGGGGAGAAGAAGAUGACCCCUCGGAGAUGCGGAGGCUCAGGAUGGAGCGCGACGUCCUUCUCGACAAGGUGACUGAAAUGGAGGCAGAGACUUUGCAAUCUCGGGCCCGCGUAUCUCAGCUGCAGGCGGAACUGCGCCAGAUCUCGUCCAUCCGACGCGGCCUCGAGGACCAGUUGCUCCUGUCUGCACGCAACAGCUGCGUCUGCUCCAUGUCCUCCACCUCUCCAAGGCGCAUUAAGCUCGAGUCACCAAGGGCUUCUAGUCAGGUGCGAGAGCGUUCUUCAGGUUUUCAGCCUGUUCGCUCCUCGAGCGGUCCGUCGCCGCGUCACGUUCGGCGCCGCUCGCGACUGGACAGUGCGUCGUCGCCCCUUGACUUUGACUCGCGCAUUCCCCGCUACGUUCACCGGCCGUCGACCGGAGGCCGCACACCGUCCCCAGCGACCCCUGGCCGACCGCCCCUUGGUGCCCUCGACUGCGUCAUCGGCGACCCUCAACAGGUCACGCUCAAUCUACCGCCCUCCUUCAAGCCCAGCCCGCACAAGGUGGCCGCCAUCCUCGGCGAGAGGAACCCCCUCGAGCUGCAGAGACAUUUGCUCACUUCCGUAGUUCACAACGAGGCCUUGCAAAUUGAGUUGGAAAGGGCUUCACUCAGGAAGAAUGAAAUCAAUGGAGAACUAGAGCGGAUGAAGGAGGAAAAUGAUGAACUGAAAUUUCAGUUGGAGGAGAGGAGUAUAGAGCUGGAGGGGACGAGGGCCAGGGUGCGAGUUCUUGAGAGACACAACCUGUCAAAGUCCCCCUCGGUUGGCCACCACGACCCCAAGCGACAUCAUUUCGCAGGCACUGAUGACCCUAUUCUUCUGGCGAUGACCAACACCUCCAGCACCGAGUCGGCGCACGACCUGACCCUUGCCUCCAACCAACCUCCAGAGCCCCCAAAGCGCCAGAACAACAAGCAGUCCACCAACAACAAAGUCACCAACAGCAUGGUCAACAACAACAACAACAAAAGUAGAAUUCCUCUGCAGACAGGCACUACCCCUCCGAAGGGCAGCCCUGAGAAGAAGAAAACGUCUGCCGGGUCCUUGGGCAGGGCGAGCCUGAAGAAGGUGGUCGGGGUGGGUGGUGCAAGUCUCAAGUCCAGCAGGGAGUCCCUGGCGUCCUCGACCCUGAUGAGCCGCUCCAAGGACUCGUUGAACAAGCUGAGUUCGUUGCCCCGCAAGAACUCUUCUCUGCCUCGACCGAACAACUCACCGUCCCAUAAGGGGGGCAAGUCGACCCCCUUGGACACCGCCACCAAGGAGGCCGCGAGCAGCAGCUCUUUGGGAAGUGUGCCCUUAGUCGAGGUGGCUCUUUGUCCUGCCGACUCACUUAACACGGCUCAUUGCCGUCGUCGAGGGGAGGAAAUGGUACCCUGGCAGGGCGCCUCGAUGGCCUUUUCCUACUUUGACAGCAUCAACUCAGAGCAACUGUGGCAAAGACAUUCCACGGAUACCAACGGAGACUCCCUUGAGCAGUAUUGAAGAUAAAAACAAAAUCAAAUUUUUGGAUAAUGGACAAUAUUGGUGCUCGUCACAUAUAUAUAAAUAUUGAACUUUUCCCCUCUCGUUGCAUUCCAUUGUGGGAUAAUCCCAACAGAUUUUUAUUUCAAUCUGGAAGUCUGCAGGUUAAAAGUGAAAAAACUUAUUUGUUGAAUUUUUAAAUAAUAUAUAUUCCAAGCGAGCUAAAAAAAUGCCCAAAUGUGAUAGUAGUUUUAAUUUAAAUAAAAGGUUAUUUUUAUCAGUGUUCUGUCUGUCGCCUGCAGGUUUCCAGUGUGAAAAUCUGAAAAACGAACCCCAAUACUCUUUCAAUAUGCUUUUGCAAAAAACAAAAACGCAUAAUCCACCAUGUAAAUUUACUAUCAAGAUGUAAAACUUUGGCAGGGGUUUUCUCACUUUAGUGUACGUGUUAAAAAUAUAUUCAGCAAAUUAAAAUCUCGUGCCAGCUGCGAAUCAAACUCUCUGCGGUCAAACUUGGAAACAUUUUUGCCAAAAUAUUUUUUAAGCUUGGUCGGCCCUUCCAGAGAAGUACCUUGGCUGGAUUGUUCUUGACACAAAUCCGGAAAAAAUAUACAGCUGGCUGCUACUUUUUCCAGAGAAACGGAACCCCUGCAGUGCUGCUUAAAAAUGGCUUUGUGAGAGUUAAAAAAAAAUGAUAUUUUCUGUCAUUACUUCUUCCCAUCAUAAUGUAUUAAUCACUGCUGCUUAUUUAUACGAAAAUGGACACUAUACUUAUUUAAGGCAACUACAGAGCAGUUUCUUAUAUUUACAACCAGUUAGUGGGGAAAAAUCGUGUCGCUAUUUUCUAUCGCAUUUUGUGUUGUUGUUGUGGACUAGUCGAGGGCUGUUCAUUUGUUCCUUUGUACUCGAUUGAAACCUAUGAUGAUUAUUAUUAAUUAAACUACGUACUGAUAAGUGAAGAAUAAAAAGAGCUACGCUAUAUUGUUGUUAUAAGUGCACUUUUAAACGCGACAGUCUUUUAUU